GUACACUGUACGUCGAGAGCUGGCGUGCGCGGGGCAAGCUCUGCCAUACGAGAUCGGCGACCGACGUAACAGCGUGUUACAGCUGCGUUCGAACGCGCUUCGAUUUGCCACUUGCAAAUUUGCCGACUCAAGCAGCAUGGGUCUCUUCCGCCAAAACUCGCCGUCGUCGCCGGCCGUUGCCGAGGACGGCCUCACGCCCGUCAUGCAGGAGAAGAACGAAGACGCGAUCUUCGCCGCGCGCAAGAAGCGCAUGCUCAUCAUGGCCGGCUGCGGCUUUGCCGUCGUCGGCGCCGUCGGCGCUGUGACCUACUUUGGCACGGCCAGCGGUGCCAACGGCACGAGCACGAGCGACGGCUUGGCGACGCCGACGACCAAGGCGCCGGCUGGUGAAACCUCCGUCGGCUCGACAGGCCUCGAAGGCGGCGUGACGACGUCGGGCUACACCGAGAUCCCGACGCCGGCGCCAACGACGCCCGAGCCGGUCUACGAGUCGUGGACCGAGACGACGACGAACGGCAGCAUCGUGCACUUUUUCAACGGCACGUCGAUCGAGACGACCAACGUCAAUGGCACCGAGGCGCUCAUCGGUGGCAACUCGACGACGUCGUCGCCCGAACUCGUGACGAUCCUCCCGACGACCGAGACGACGGAAACCGACGCCCCGACCACGGACGCCACGACGCCGGCGCCCACGGAUGCUUCGACGGACGCCCCCACCCCGGCUGCCACCCCGGCUCCCACCUCGGCUCCCACCUCGGCUCCUACCCAGGCUCCCACGCAGGCUCCUACCCAGGCUCCUACGCAGGCUCCUACCCAGGCUCCUACGCAGGCUCCCACGCAGGCUCCCACGCAGGCUCCCACGCAGGCUCCCACGCAGGCUCCCACGCAGGCUCCCACGCAGGCUCCUACGCAGGCUCCUACGCAGGCUCCUACGCAGGCUCCUACCCAGGCUCCCACGCCUGCCCCGCAGCCUCAGCCGCAGCCCCAGCCUCAGCCCCAGCCUCAGCCUCAGCCGCAGCCUCAGCCGUCGCCCUCGUCGGCCCCGGCGCCGGCGCCAAACGCAGGCAAGACCAACAACAACGGGUCGGGCAAGUGGGGCGGUGCCAUCAAGAUCGUCAACAACCUCCCGGCGGUGUGCAAGUACACGACCAAGUCGGCGACGUGGUUCACGGGCAACGGCCGCGGCGACCUGCAGAACGGCGAGUCCGUCCAGCUCGGUCCCUUUAGCGGCGGCUACACGCUCGGCGUCCAGGAGAACGUCUUCGCCAAGUGCGCGUACUCGGGCACGUGCGCGUGGGAGAACAAGUCGGCGGACAACUACUGCUACAACUUCAGCCUCGACGCGAGCUGCAACGCCUCGUGGAACGACUGCCCGUACCCGCCGGGCCAGCCCGGCAAGAACGGCGGCAAGUCGCCCGCGCCGGAUGGUCGCCAGCGCUACUCCAUCACGGGCUCGGUCGACGCCAGCGGCACGUGCGUCGUCACUGUCAACCCGACGGGCGGUGGCGUCUUCUACUGCGAAUCGACGUUCUAAGCUCCGUCGCAACCUGCAUUGUUGUUCCCUAAAUAUGAAUUUAUACUCGUGCUAUCGAGGCUUGGAGCGACUACGGAUGCACUGAGCUAGAUGGUACUAACACUGUACCUCGGCCUUGCCAUGGCGGUGCACCACAGGGCGCCGGCCUUGUCGCUGAGCACAGACGCUUGUUGCUGCAUCGCGCUGGGCGAACCCGCCGACUGGCGCGACCGAGUUUGGGAUGUCGAGCUCUUAGAAUUGGAGUAACUCUCUGC